AUGGUGACUAUGCUGCCAACUUUGUCACCGCUGGCACGGCGACGAAUUCUUUCGGUGCUGAAUGAUUGUCUCGAAAAUGUGGAAAGUCGAGGAGCUGUAGCAUUUGUUAGAAAUGUGGAACCGAUACUGCAGAAUGGACCUCAAUGUGGUCUCGUUGCUGUGCAAAUGGUCGCCCAAGCAUACGGUCUUCCGAUUCGAAAUGUAGAUGAAAUCUUCCAAUAUGCUAAGCAGAAAGGAUAUACAAAUCAUGGGGAAAUGUUUUCCGCUGAUUGGUUAGCUGAUGUUGCCGUUUCGUUAUGGCCAAUGUUAGAUGUAGCAGUUGAGAACGUCCCAUCUACAGCUCAAAUGGAGCAAUUGGUUCAAGAAAAUGCAGUAAUGUUAAUACCAUAUGAUUGUGGCAAGAAUCAUCAGCCAAGCAAUCGAGGAGGACGUAGUGCUCAUUGGUGCCUUAUUGUAGGAUAUCUCUGUCCUGUAAAAGAAUUAGAAACAGUGAUAUGGAAUGAGGCAGUUACUCAUAAUUGUUCAAAAGCUACGCACGUAUUUUGUGUUCAUGGCAAAAGUCGUCAUAUAGCUCUUUGGAAUUAUUCACAGCUCGUUGCUAGUAAUUUCAAUCUACAUGAAGCAUCAACGAAAGUGAUGGAUUAUGUGAUACCGUCAAGUGACCUUUCAACACUUCGAAAUCGUUGUCUUGUUGUUCGUUGUCAUCGUGAUACCACUGCUUUUAGUACUAUUUCCUAG